AUGAAAAAUAAUCUUUAUCAAUUAUUAGAUUAAGCUAAUGUUAAAAGAGUGAAAUCGGAAUCUGAAUUAUCUAAACCAUAAUCACUUUUUGGAAGAUCAAAGAAUUUAGAAGACUCAAAUUAAUUUUAUCUAUUAGAUUUAUAUCAUAAAGGAUUAUAUGAAAAAAUUUGUGCUGAAUGUUAAAAAUCUCAAAAUAACUUUAAAAUCUUAUUUUCUAUUAAUGAAUCUGAUUUUAAAUUAUAAGUUUAUAUUACCCAAGAUUAUUCAUAUUAAAAAAUAGAAUAUUUAUCUCUAAAUUAGUUAAGAGAAUUCCCUAAACUAUUUAAAGUUAUACAUAAUAAAACUGGGGAAAAUUCAUUGUAAUCAGAUUUACUAUUAUUGCCUAAUGAAAAUAUGUAUUAUAUUUAUUAAUUUCUAUUAGAAUAUUGGGAAGAUUUAGUAUUGAUAAAAUACCUAUUUAAAUUCCUAGUUAAAUAUAUUAUAACUCUAAUCCCUGGUUUGAAAUAGGUUAUGCUGUUGAAAGAUUUAGUUUAAAUUAUGAAGGCUUUGAAAAAUAAUCUUUAUAUGUAGGAGAAAUAAAUGAUAGAUAUAAUCCUAUAAAUGAAGGAUAUUUUAAAAACACUAAAUUUAAAUUAAGUGCGACCUUUGCAGAUGGAUUUUUUACAGGAAAAAUUAACCUUGAAAAAUAUUCAGAUAAUAAAAAAUAUGUUCUUGAAAGAAAUAAUGAAAAAACUUUAUUACCUAUUUACUAUAAUUAGAAUAAUUUAAUAGAUUUUUUCACCUUUAAAACCAUUUUUGAAGGUCGAUGGAUAAAUCAAAAAAUUUUGGAUAUUUAUUUAGAUUAAUUUACUAGAGAGUAUAAAAUGAUAAAUGAAAAAAAAUAAACAAUGAUGAAUUAUUAAAAUUAUGUGAUUAAUUCUUGUGAUUGUGCAGAUAUAUUUUCAAGUGAUAUUUUUGAUUAACAAUUUUAUUUAGAAGAAAAAUGGAAAGCAUUUUAGGCAGAUCAUAAUAUUGAUAUUAAUAAUCUUAAAAAUAGAUUUAUUUUGGCAUUAAAUUUAAAUAGAUCUCAUUUUAUUGUUUUAGUUUUAGAAUUUGAUCCAAACGAGAAACAGGGUACAAUUUAUCUAUUAGACUCAAUACCUAAUCCUUUUACAAAAAAAUAAUUUGAAACAGGAUAAUAAAAUAUAUAAAGUUUAUUUCCUAAUUUUAUCAUCAAAAAAGAGAUAUAAAGAAUAGAUAAAAAUAAGAUAGAAAUAUAAAAAAAUGGUUAUGAUUGUGGAAUUCAUUGCAUAUACAAUUCUAUUUAAGUGUUUAAAGAAAAAAAUAAAAAAAUGACUGAUAUUAAUUUUAAAAUUGAAGAUAAACAUAAAAUAAAUAGAUUGAGAAGACAUGUUUAUUUGACUAUGGUUAAUAAUUAUUCUAAUUUUUUUGAUUAUUGA